UUCCCCAUGGGCGCGGAUCCCGACACUGAGCGCGGGCCGCCGCCGGUCCUUGCGCCUUCCCCCCCGCCGGCGGAGAGCACGUCCGCGGCGUCCGCGGCGCUCCCGGCGGAACAUUCGGCGCAGGAUGCGGCGGGAGUUGCGCCAGUUGCAGACGAAAGCUCUCCGCUCUUGGAAGUGGGAGCGCAGGAGCAGGGGGAGGGAGGGUCGGCGGCGAAGGGCGACGGCGAGGAGACGAACCUGGUGGCGGUAACAACGGGGGUGGAAAGCGGGGAGAAAGCGACGGCGGCAACGGCGGCGGAGGAGGCUGAGACGGAGAAAACGGAAAAAGCGGAGAAGGCGGAGGAGGAGAAGGCGGAGAAAGCGGAGGAGAAGGAGAAGGGGGAGAAGGGGGAUCCGAAGGAGGGCGCGGAGGCGGCGGGGAGCGUGCCGUACUGGCAGCUGUUCCGUUACGCGGACAAGUGGGACGUGGCGCUCAUGGUGGCGGGGUCAGUGGGCGCCAUCGCGCAGGGCAUCGCGCUGCCGAUGAUGGCUCUGCUGUUCGGCGACAUGAUGAACGCGUUCGGGUCGAAUACCACCAGCAUGGACGCCAUGCUCGACCAGGUCGCCAAGGCAUCACUGAACUUCAUCUUCCUGGCACUAGCGGCAGGCGUCACGGCGUAUAUACAGACGGCGUGUUGGAUGAGCGCGGGCGAGCGCCAGGCAGCGAGGCUGCGAUCACUCUACCUGCAAUCGGUGCUGCGGCAGGACGUGGGGUACUUCGACACGAGCCUGUCCACGGGGGAGGUCGUGGGGCACAUGUCGGGGGAUAUCGUGCUGGUUCAGGAGGCCAUGGGGGAGAAGGUGGCCACAUGCAUGCAGUUCCUGGCGCAGUUUCUGGGCGGAUUCGUGGUGGCAUUCAUAUCGGGCUGGCAGCUAGCUCUGGUCAUGCUGGCCACGCUGCCGCUGCUGGCGGUGGCGGGGGGGGUGAUCACGGUGGUGGUGCAGCAGUCCACGAGCAAGGGCCAGCAGGCGUACACCGCUGCUGGCACCAUCGUGGAGGAGUGUGUGGGGGCCAUUCGCACCGUGGCGGCCUUCACAGCGGAGCGCAAGUCAGUCCAAGCGUACGCCGCCCACCUGCACGCGGCUUUCAAGGAGGGCGUGAAGCAGGGCCUGGCGAGCGGGUUCGGCUACGGGCUCACAAUCUUUGUCAUGUUCUGCUCGUACGCGCUGGCACUGUGGUACGGGUCGAAGCUCAUUGCCGACAGCAGCUACACGGGCGGGAAGGUCUUCUCCGUGCUCUUUGGAGUGAUCAUCGGCGGCAUGUCCCUCGGCCAGGCCUCCCCCUCCUUCGCAGCAUUCGCCUCGGGCCGAGCAGCCGCAUACAAGAUCUUCCAGGUCAUUCAGCGCAUCCCCCCUAUAGACAGCUCCAACCCCGCCGGCGAAACCCCCCCGGACUCUGAAGUAAAAGGCGAACUCGAGCUUCAAAACAUCGUCUUCGCAUACCCGUCCCGGCCCGACGUGACCAUUUUCAACGGGUUUUCCCUGAAGAUCCGGGCAGGGGAGACAGUGGCGCUGGUGGGGGAGAGUGGCAGCGGCAAGUCGACGGUGGUGGCGCUGGUGGAGCGAUUCUACGACCCGCAGAGCGGAGCCGUGCUGCUGGACGGCCGCAGCAUCGCCGCUCUCAACCUGCGCUGGCUGCGCCAACACAUGGGGCUCGUCAGCCAGGAGCCAGCGCUCUUUAAUGUGUCAAUCCGGGAUAAUAUCGCGUAUGGGAAGGGCGGAGGGGAGGCGUGGGGAGGGGGUGGAGGGGGAGAGGGAGAGGGGAAGCUGGGGAGUGGGGUGAGUGAUGAGGAGGUGAAGGAGGCGGCGCGGGCGGCAAACAUCCACGAGUUUAUCGAAUCCCUUCCGGAUGGCUACAACACUCUUGUGGGCGAGCGCGGCACGCAGCUUUCCGGCGGGCAGAAGCAGCGGGUGGCAAUGGCUCCGGCGACCCUCAAGGACCCCUCUUUUCUCCCUUUCCCUUCCCCCCAUGCGUCCCUAACCCAGGGCUACAACACUCUAGUGGGCGAGCGUGGCACCCAACUCUCUGGCGGGCAGAAGCAGCGGGUGGCGAUCGCGCGGGCGAUCCUCAAGGAUCCCUCUUUUUUCCCUUUCCCUUUCCCUUUCCCUUUCCCUUCCCCCCAUGCGUCCCUAACCCAGGGCUACAACACUCUCGUGGGCGAGCGCGGCACGCAGCUCUCAGGCGGGCAGAAGCAGCGGGUGGCGAUCGCGCGGGCGAUCCUGAAGGAUCCGCGGGUGCUGCUGCUGGACGAGGCGACGUCAGCUUUGGACGCGGAGAGCGAGAAGGUGGUGCAGGCGGCCUUGGAGCGAGUCAUGGUCAGCCGCACCACUGUUGUCGUCGCCCACCGCCUCUCCACCGUGCGCGGCGCCGAUCGGAUCGCUGUGCUGAGCCGAGGGAAGGUGGUGCAGGAGGGGAAGCAUGAGGAGCUGAUGAAGGAAGGGGGGGCGUAUUUGCAGCUGGUGAAGCUGCAGGAGAUGGCUGGGAGUGGGAGGGAAGGGGGUGGGGAGGGUGACGGUGAGGGGGAGGGUGGGAAGGUGGAGGGAGAGGGGAAGGGAGCGGGGGUGAGUGGUGGGGAGGAGGGGAAGGCGGGGAAGGAAGGGAGUUCGGAGGAGACCAGUAGCAGCAGCAGUGCUGAUGGUGAUGAGGAUGAUGAUGACGAGGAUGAGGAGGAGGAGACAGAGGGAGAGGGAGAGGGGGGAGAGGAGGAGGCUGCGGAGGCUGGCAAGGGGGACGGCACAGAGACAGACCCAGAGCAGGGCGAGAAGGAAGGCGCAGGAGAGAAGGCCAAGAGGGAGAAAGCGGAGAAGAAGGAGAAGAAGAAGCAGAAGAAGAAGGAGAAGAAGGAUAAGAAGAGGAAGAUGCGGUCUCCGUUCCUGCGGCUGGCGAUGCUGAACAAGCCCGAGUGGCCGUAUGCGCUGUCAGGCACGGUGGCAGCAGCGGUGCAGGGCGUCAUCCUGCCCUUCUUCGCCCUCAUCCUCUCCCGCAUCAUCACCGUCUUCUACAACCCAGACAAGGCCAAGAUGCGCAGCGACGCGGACUUCUGGUCGCUCAUGUUUGUCAUUCUCGCCGUGGUGGCGUGGGUGUCCCGCACCCUCCAGACGUUCCUCUUCAGCGUGGCGGGGCAGCACCUCAUCUGGCGCAUCCGCCGCAUGUGCUUCCAUUCCGUGCUGCGCCAGGAGAUGGCCUGGUUCGACCGCGAUGACAACUCCAGUGGCGCCAUUGGCUCGCGCCUCUCUUCCGACGCCACCCACGUGCACUCCAUAGUGGGCGACCGUCUCUCUCUCGCCGUGCAGAACGCAGCGACGCUCGUGGCGGGGCUCAUCCUGGCGUUCUCGUCCUCGUGGAUCCUCUCCUUCAUCGUGCUCGCCCAGCUGCCGCUCAUCGCUGCCGGCUCCAUCUUCCAGAUGCGCAGCCUGCAGGGCUUUGCUGAUGAUGCCAAGCAAGCGUACGAGACAGCGACGCGCAUAGCAUCGGAUGCAGUGGGCGCCAUGCGCACGGUGGCGUCGUUUGCAGCAGAGGGCCGAGUCAUGGCUCUCUACCACGCCAGUGUUGUCGCUCCUGUCAAGGCAGGCCUGCGCAAGGCACAGGUCAGCGGAGCGGGCUUUGGCUUUGGGCAGUUCUGCCUGUUUGCCGUCUACGGCUUCUCCUUCUGGUGCGGCGGGCAGCUCGUCAAGAUCGGCCAGGCUGACUUCCAGUCCGUCUUUCAGUCAUUCUUCGCAGUGGUAUUCACAGCAAUGGGAGUGGCACAGACGGCCAGUCUAGCGCCCGACAUGGCGACGGCACAGGCAGCAGUCAAGUCCAUCUUCAAGCUGCUGGACCGCCGCUCUCGCAUCGACCCCGAGGGGAAGGGGGAGCGCCCGGAGGAGGGCGUGGGGGGCGAGGUGCAGUUUCAGGAAGUGGUGUUUGCAUACCCGUCCCGCCCGCACCUCACUGUUCUGCAGGACUUUACACUCACGAUUCCGGCUGGCAAGACGGUGGCACUGGUGGGUGAGAGUGGCAGCGGCAAGUCGACGGUGGUGGCGCUGGUGGAGCGAUUCUACGACCCGCAGAGCGGAGCCGUGCUGCUGGACGGCCGCAGCAUCGCCGCUCUCAACCUGCGCUGGCUGCGCCAACACAUGGGGCUCGUCAGCCAGGAGCCAGCGCUCUUCAACAUCUCCAUCCGCAACAAUAUUGCCUACGGCCGCGCAGCCACCUAUGUUCCGAGCGGCGGGGCCGCUGCUGGUGAUGGUGCUGAUGCCGAUGGUGCUGGUAAGAAGGGCUGUUGGAGCCUUGGUGACACUAAGGGGACCCGGGAUUCGAGGCGCAGCCGUGAUUUCAGGAUGAGUAGGGAGAGUGCGGGGAGUGGUGCGGAUGGGAGGGAGGAGGAGGAAGAGGAGCUGGAAGCAGUGACUGAGACUGAGAUUGUUGAAGCUGCCAAGUCUGCCAAUGCCCAUGCAUUCAUUUCCUCUCUCCCCGAGGCAUAUGAUACCCUGGUAGGGGAGAGGGGCACCCAGCUGAGUGGGGGGCAGAAGCAGCGGGUGGCGAUAGCGCGGGCGAUCCUGAAGGACCCGCGGGUGCUGCUGCUGGACGAGGCGACGUCAGCUUUGGACGCGGAGAGCGAGAAGGUGGUGCAGGCGGCGCUCGAGCGAGUCAUGAUCGGCCGCACCACCGUUGUCGUCGCCCACCGCCUCUCCACCGUGCGAAGUGCAGACUGCAUUGUUGUGAUGCAGAAGGGGCGGGUGGUGGAGCAGGGUACCCAUGACGAGCUUCUUGCAAAGAAGGGCGCGUAUCACCUGUUGGUGUCAGCGCAACGGUAG